UUUAAGAUCAGCUGACGAGUUGGCAUUUGUGGCUCACACUGUAAACAUGGCGGCGAGCAGCAGCGGAGUGGAGUGGAGCCAGCUGGUGAAACCCAUCCUUGCGGCUUCCUACGGCUCUGCCAAUAAACAGGAUCUGCCAGAACUUGUCAAGGCAAUACUGAAGAGUAAAGAGGAAAUAUUUCACCAUGAGGAACAGUAUGAGGCCUUCUAUGUGUCUCUGUGUGUCCUAGCAGCAGACUACUUGGCCAGCAAUGCCCACCAGUUGACUGUUGGAGGUGUGAGUCAGGCUGUGAGUGCAGCAAAGGUGUUGCUUCAGUUUUUGGCCAGCCGUGUUGGCUCUCCACCGACCAAUGUCACCACCCCAGCAUCCCUCUCUUCCCCACCCUCGCCUCUUACCACUGCUGCAGCCAUCACCAUUGGCUCGGCCCCUUCUUCUGGUGGUGUUGCCAGUGUUGGUGCACCAUCAUCGUCUGGCUCUCCAGCCACAACAUCUACAACAUCAUCGAGUACUUCAAAUGGAAGUGCUCCGGCCAGUACAGCCUCCACUAAUGCAGCGUCAACUGUUACUACACCUGCAGAAGGCGAGAAGGAACGCAUGGUGUCCGUUCACGACAAGCACCUCCUGGCGGGCAUCAAGGCACUCUGCCGAGGGUCAGGGGCGCUGCAUCGAGCUGACCAGACAGCCCUUACAGCGGCCAUGAAGGCUGCCAAACUUCCUCCUCACAUCAAGACUGUUGCUCCAGGUACCCCUCCUCCUACAGGUCUGUUGUAA